AUGGAUGACGAGGAUACACCGACGACGUCUUCGGGAGACACGCCGAAGUUUGGCGACUCGUCGCCGGAAGAGGCGAAACCGCGGCAGAUGUCGUUUGUUGUUGCCGAUUUGGAGGAGAGAAUUCGCGAGAGUGCUCGAUUGGAUGGCUCGAGUCGUCGUGGAAGUCGACCGGACGACAUUCCGCUCCCUGAUCCAAAUAUUCUCAACGAUCUCGCGCAACAUUCAAAAGAGAUUACUAGCAACUUGGACAUGCUUUUAAGAGAUAUGAGAGAAUCACUCAACGGAAUGUCGGAUUUAACACUGGAAUCUUUACAAUGCUACAAUGCGGCGGUUGAGAAGGCCUGUGAUGCCGCCGACGCUAAUACUAAAUCUACCUAUGCUAUGCUCGCCAAGAUUGAGGAGGUCAAUCAAUCAAUGAACAAUGUUGGAAAACUGGCGGCACAAGUGAAGGAGAUGCGGCGGCUUGUCGAGCUCUUUGAGACCCUAUUCCAUGGGUCGCUCAAGUGA